CAGCUGGCCCCGGUGGACAUGGUGAAGAAGCUGGUGAUGGCUCAGAAGCGGGGAGAGACCCGAGCCCUGUGCCUGGGUGUGGCCAUGGUGGUGUGCGCGGUGAUCACCUACUACAUCCUCUGCACCACCAUGCUGCCCCUCUACCAGAGGAGCGUGUGGACCCAGGAGUCCACCUGCCACCUGAUUGAGACAGACAUCAGGCACCAGGAGGAGCUGGAGGGCAGGAAGGUGUCCCCGUACCCGUGCCUGUGGGUCAACGUCUCGGCCGUGGGCAAGUGGGCCGUGCUGUACCACACGGAGGACACUCGGAGCCAGAACCAGCAGUGCUCCUACAUCCCGGACAGCCUGGACAACUACCAGAUGGCCCGCGCCGACGUGGAGAAGGUCAGGGCCAAUUUCCACAAGCACCAGGUUUUCUACUGCUUCUCGACGACCCAGGAGAACGAGACGAGUGUCCUGUACCAGCGUCUCUACGGGCCACAGACCCUCCUCUUCUCCCUCUUCUGGCCCACCUUCCUGCUGACCGGUGGCCUCCUCGUGAUUGCCAUGGUGAAGCUUAACCGGUCCCUCUCCAUCCUGGCAGCCCAGAGGUAG